GAACUAGGUAUACUUAGCUUUUCAAAUAUAAUAUUUUCAUGUACAUAAAUGCAAACCCCUCCUCCAUUUCUGUUUCUAUCCUUCCUAACAAUAUUGUAAUUCGGUAUGUAUACUUCAUUAUCUUUAAUGGAGUCAUCAAGCCUGGUUUCAUUUAGAGCCAGAAUAUCAAUAUCGUUCCUACACAAUAUAUCACCAAUUUCAUCGAAGUUCUUUAAUAAACUAACCACAUUUAAUUCGACAAAUUUCAAACCCUUUCCAUGUAAUUCCCUGUAAGUAUUACCAGAGUCACUAUGUUUAUUAGCACAAGAAAUAUUAAUACUUUGUUCUUUACUUUUUUGCUCAUUAUUUGGGUUGACAUGAGUCUUAUCCAGCUGAUGAAAAGGCAAAUGUUCAAAUACACAACGUGGACAAAUCCAGUCUAUAAAGUGUUCAAAUGGAUCAUUGUAUGAUUUCUGAGACACAUGGGCACAUACAAUAUGUAUCCAUUUACAACAUUGUGUACAUAGCAGACCUUUAUGAUUUACUUUCACGGAUUUUUGACAUAUCCCACAAAGAUGAUCCCUUCCCAUGAAAAAAAAAACAAAUACAGAUAAUAUCUAAAAAAAAUAUCUUUAAAAUGAGAUGUGAAAAGUCAAGUUUGAAAUAUUAAAAGAGAGGUUGAUCGCAGACCUCCCAGGGGAGAUAUUAGGAACAUGUAACAUGUCGUUCACUUCAGUUUUCGUGCUUCUUCAACAGUGCUGAUAACUUUUCUGAUGGAUUUUCCGUUUGUUGCUGGUAGAGCUACAAGGAUACGUCCAUCUUGUGACCACGCUGCAGAUACCUUUGACGACAUUCGUGCUUCUUUCAAUAUCUCGUAGUUUGAUGAAGUUAAGUCUUCCGCAAUGGAUAUACCGGAGUUUUUCAGUCGGCGCCUCAUUGCCAUUAUGGAACGUCUCGCUCGGUACGUCGCAAAUUUCAGUUGUCUUGUGCUAGCAUUUCUCGUCACUUUCUUUUCAGAGGUGCCUCGAUCUUGCCUUCCAUUCAGAAAGUUUGGCAGAGGGGUGCAGCAAACAAUAGACAGGGGUACGGGCUUUUGUUCCAGUACACGAAGAGUUGACCAAUCGAUUGAUCCGUCAUGGGCUGAGAGGCACAGUGGUUAAAGAUUUCGAUGAACGGUUUGAGAGCAAUAUUCAGCCCGUUACUGCCCGGUUUGAGUGAAGGACAUCACCGUGUAUUGGUUUCCAGAUUGUUGGUGUCAGAUUGGUUCAGCUUUUCAAUAAGUAAAGUCAGCAAAAUUAUAUACGAGAAACUCACAUUUCACUCCUGGGGGUCCACAUUACGCAGCUGAUCCGAAACUGUUCACAUAUUCACGAUGAUUUUGAGAAUAACGUGAGAAUAACGUGCAACAAGUUCAAAAAGUUCACAAUUCCGAUGAGGUUUAUGCGAUAAGUAGUAGCAACAAUAUGUAUCUUUACGAACAGCUCUAUGAAACACCCACCAGAUUAACACAGAAGAAAGAGGACAAAUCAUCUCUCAUCGCUGACGAGGCCAACGGUCCCUUCGAAUUCACGUCAGACGGCAACGUCGUCAACGCCGGCGACAGCGGCGAAAAUGGAACGUCGCGUCAAUCAUUCCAAUUCCAUCACAACACCUACGGGUACGGGUCCCGCCGACGCUGCCCCGGCAACUGUGACUGCUGUCCCACUUGCUGCACGUGGAUACCGAAGCGUUAUGUAGUGGCAAUCAUGAGCUGUAUUGGCUUCCUCAUAUCGUUUGGAAUCAGAUGCAAUCUGGGCGUGGCGAUUGUCGAUAUGGUGAAUAAUGAGACGGUUCAUUUCGGUGGAGUCGCACAGAUACAUGAGCCUGAAUUCAGUUGGAGCGUCAAAACGAUAGGUGCCAUGCAUGGUUCGUUUUUCUGGGGUUACAUCAUAACUCAGGUACCCGGUGGAUUCCUCGCAGCGCGGUUUCCCGCAAACAGAAUAUUUGCCACAGCUAUCUGCAUUUCGUCCAUUUUAAAUCUUUUCAUUCCUCUGGCAUGUCACGUGAGCCCUAUGAUGGUGAUCGCAAUCAGGAUGCUGCAGGGUUUCGUUGAGGGAGUUGAAUAUCCAGCUUGCCACGGUAUGUGGAGUAAAUGGGCGCCCCCUCUAGAAAGGAGCAAACUCGCUACUAUUGCCUUUUCAGGGUCGUAUGCCGGAGCAGUGAUAGGAAUGCCUAUUGCUGGUAUCUUGACAGACUACGCAGGCUGGCCAGCCGUAUUCUAUGUAUUCGGGGCCAUGGGAAUCAUUUGGUAUGUAUUUUUCAUGUGGAUUGUCCACGAAACACCGGCUAAACACCCAACCAUUAGCAAAGAGGAGAGGAAUUAUAUCGAAGAGAGCAUCGGAGAGGGGCGGGGGCUAGUCGCUCAACGGAUUACGGUGAGGAACGUUCCGUGGAAGAAAUUCUUCACUUCAAUGCCAGUAUAUGCCAUCAUCGUAGCUAACUUCUGUCGUAGUUGGACCUUUUAUCUUCUGUUAACGAGCCAGCCUUCGUACUUCGAACAAGUUUUUGAUUACGCAAUAUCUAAGGUUGGAUUCAUCUCGGCCUUACCUCAUCUCGUCAUGGCGAUCAUCGUUCCCUUUGGUGGACAACUCGCUGAUUUCCUUCGAAGAAGACAAUAUAUGUCGACAACCAUGGUUAGAAAAGUCUUUAAUUGUGGAGGUUUUGGUGGGGAGGCGAUAUUUUUGCUAGUGACUGCAUAUUCAAGAGGGCGUAUGCUUGCAAUUAUAUCACUCUGCUUAGCUGUAGGAUCCAGUGGGUUUGCUAUAUCAGGUUUCAAUGUUAAUCAUCUAGAUAUUGCUCCCCGAUAUGCUAGUAUCUUAAUGGGAAUCUCAAACGCUGUAGGAACGCUAUCAGGUAUCAUAUGCCCUGAGGUUACGGGCACCCUCACCAAAAACCAUACUGCAGACGAAUGGGAGAAGGUUUAUUUGGUAGCAGCAAUCGUCCAUUUUACAGGUGUUCUCUUCUACGGCAUAUUCGCUUCAGGAGAAAAACAGCCGUGGGCAGAACCUCCAAACCUCCCGAUACAGGACGGUUUCGUAACCGACAAUGGUGUCGGCGGACCCGGUUUGAAGAGUUAUGGCGCCCUCACCGAAUCCGGUCAGACAAUGAUGCCGACGAGUGUUACAAACGGCGGUUAUGGGCUAUCAAGUUCAGUCUACCCCACCACGAAAGAAUCCUUCGUCCAACCGUUACCCUACCGCAGGAAUAGCAGCAGUGAAGACAGCACGAUAGAUGGGGAGGAACGCGAUUCAUAGUACGCCCUCAUUGAUGGAAUGUGUAGAAUAGAAUACUUACUUGCGCGUGUAGCUCUUGGGAAUUUUCACCAAAUCAUGAAUUUGCUGGUACUAUCUUAUACAGAGAAUUAUAAGAACCAAUGGAAGACCCUUAUUAAUGGAAACCGAUGGGUUUAUUUCAACCACAAUGAUAUCGGGGAGGGGGGGGGGCUUAAAGACAUUUUAUUUUAUAAAUCAUUAACCUAUUAAAAAGCUCUUGGAUGAAAUGGGUCUCCUCCAUGUGGCUAUUCUAGUCCCCUACUUCUAGCCCUCAAGUUUUUAUUCACUGUUUAGGCUAAUCUGAAAAGCAACCCAAUAUGAUAAUGACUUUAAAAUGUUGCCUAAAGUUCACCUGAUUUGUGUAAAAAAUUAUACAAACAAAACAAAUUGAAACAAAACUCUUUUCGGCUAAGCAGGUUACGAUGAGCAUUGAUGUUGUGUAUUAAAGGCCAGUGUGCAAGAUGUCAGAGAACCUCAAAGAUUUGUGUAAAUUGAAUAGAGUAUGAUUUCGUAGUCCGUCCAAGCUUUGAAGGUGUAUAUUAUUCAGGGGCGGUGCCAAGAGUUGGGGGCUGGGGCACCCGCGUCAUAUGAUCUUUAGUUUAGUGAAGGCAAGAGAAAAGGAUGGGAAGGGGGAGAACGGGGAACAAAGAUGAGUACAAAGACUUAUUUAUUCCGUGUAAACCAUAUAAACAUAGUUUGGAAAAAUAUAACUUCCCAUUUAAUUUGUUUUGCCCUUGUCCCCUGGUUGGGACGCUUCUUGUAUUAUUAAGUUCAUCAUCAAUGAAUUCAAUUCGAAAAAGAAACAAAUAUGAAAACACGUUAACGUUGUUUGCUCUCACCCCUAUCACCCGUAACUUGCGCCGCCCCAUGUUAUGAUAGUUCACUAUCAUCAUCGAUUUUUUUUUGACUAAGUAAACGUGUACACUAACAAGAGCGUUCGUUUCCUUUUAUUUUCUGUGGUUCUUUGUUGACGUCGAGAAGUAAAAAGCAACAUUUUUAUUAGUAUUUUUGAACUACCGUAGUGUUCAUUGAGCUGAGUUCUGAGGCUUAUGAUAUUUUCUCCCCUGAAGAAGAAGGAAAAAAGAAAAUAAAAGAAACAAAUUUAAUAAUCAAUGCACAGGCAGAUUCAUUUCUCAUUUUUAUAGAUUUUUUUUCGUGAAAAAUUGUUUAGUGUACUUGCAUGUUGUUUCCAUGGAAACGACAUUUUGUCAAGCUCAUGCAACAAAAAGUGUAACGAGUAAUAAUGUACAGUUGAAACAGUAAGCAAAUUAACAAACAAUGUCUCGUCAGUGUUUUAGUUCCAUGAGGCCAUAUUUUUUAUGAAAUAGAUUUUCUUUACCAAUGCUUCAACGUACACCAAACUAUAUAGCAAUUGUUUUAUCUGGCUCGAAAUUCUUAUUCUGCAGUUUAACACACUGUUUGUAUUUAUAACGUUUGAGAAACCUACAGUAUAUUACUGCAAAAGGAAUGGGCACCCUUAACAUAAAAUUUUGUUUACGAUGUUUUUUUUUUUUUUGGGGGGGGGGGUUAAAGCAAAUAUUUUUAAAAACUAUGUUUAAUUUUUUAUACAACGCUGUUUCAUAUAUGGACCUUACAUUGUGAUUUAGACAGUUUAAGCAAGUGUUUUAAAUCUUAAAGAACAGGCUUAAUCUUUAUUUUUUUUUUUUUCCUAUAAACUAAGUACGGCACUAAUCUGUUAAACGACUUUUGCCAGGUAUACAUCGUAUAAACAUUCUUUGAAAUUUUUAACAAGUGUCGUUGUUUAAGCCCAUCACUCUAACAACUAUUGUUUAAAGUUUUUAAACAAGUUGUUGUUACAAAAAACAAACAAAAUUGUGUUAGAAUGAUAAACGUAAGCAGCGUUUUUGCAGUGUUGUAAACAGCGCUGUUUAAAAAUUUAAACAACAGUUUUUACUGAGAAGCAAAUGGAAGAAACCUGCAGGAUCACUGCAGGAAAAGGCGCUACUGUCACCUUGCAUUAAGAGACAGACAAUUAUUGAACUUUUGGCUUUCCAUAUUCAUGACAGAUAUGAUUGAUUGGAACAUAGCUGGAUUAAUCAUAACUUUUUUUGUCGCGAAUCUGAUACAUUCGGCCUUGUCAAUGAGUUAAUUCUUACGAUAUCUGU